GGUGUGUGUGUGUGUGUGUGUGUGUGUGGUUGUUAUUGUCUGUUGUGUUGUGUGUGUGUGUGUGUGUGUGGUUGUUAUUGUCUGUUGUUGUGUGUGAUUGUUUUGUGUGCAGUUGUGUGAUUGUGUUGUGGUGUGUUUCAGCUCAGAAUGGCUUACAGUGACGGCUGAAGGACAGCAGGUGUGUCACACAUCUCUUGUCAUGGCCACGGGCUCCUGCAGGACAGACUGUAGCAAUGAUGUGAGGGAGCGCUCGCAGCUGCACACCGUCGUUUCAGGUGCCAAACUCAAGAGGAAGAAGAACUGGUUUGGAACGGCCAUCUAUGUGGAAGUGACAUCAGAGGGAGAGAGCAGGAAAACCGCCAAAUCUCACAGUUCAUCCAAUCCUAAAUGGGACGAGCGCUUGACCCUGAAUGUAACGGCACACUCGCAGCUGGACUUCAGAGUCUGGAGUCAUCACACACUCAAAGCAGACACGCUGCUGGGGAGAGCCUCCCUGGACCUGAUAGAGACACUCCGCAAACAUGACGGCAAAUUGGAGAAUGUUCGAGAGGUGUUGACUCUAACUGUGGACAGUAAGAAUGGUGUCGUGUCCGCUGGUGAACUCACAGUCUUCCUGGACGGGCCGUCGUUUGACCCGCAGAACAUGCACAAUACAAACUCAACCACUGCAAACAAAGUUCAUCAGAAUGGAGAUGCUCAUCACGAGAACACAGAUGAAGGUUCUGCGAGGAUUCAGAACGGAUCUGUGAACAGCACAGAUGAGCUCGAGAAUGAAGCCCCACCCACCUCAUCUGCCAAUAGUGAGAUUAGCCCCUCCCCCCUCAUCAAUGGAGCUGAAGACUCCUCCCCCUUGCACCAAAUCCCUAGUCCAGAGGCCACACCCACUGGACAGUUCGAGAGCAAUGAUGUGAACUGCACAGCCGUGAAUGGUGAGGGUUGUGAGGUGUCGUCUGCAGCUGAUAAUGUAGAUGCAGCUGCUGAAACCUCCUCUUCUCCUGCGGGUGGUGCUGUUGUCUCCUCCUGUGCUGCUGCUCCUCCUCCAUCAUCAGCAGCAGCAGCUGCUCCCCCCGACUCCAGCUCCCCAGCCCCUGAUGGAGGAAAACCAUGCCAGCAGCCACCUCCAGCCGGACCAGAACCACUACCACCUGGGUGGGAACAGAGGAAAGACCCUCACGGCAGAACUUACUACGUAGAUCACAACACCAAAACAACAACCUGGGAGAGACCACAGCCCUUACCACUGGGCUGGGAGAGGAGGGUGGAUAAUCGCGGCAGGGUCUAUUAUGUAGAUCAUAACACACGCACCACCACAUGGCAGCGACCCACGAUGGAGUCUGUGAGGAACUUUGAACAGUGGCAGUCACAGCGCAGUCAACUGCAGGGAGCCAUGCAUCAGUUCAACCAGAGAUACCUGUACUCGGCGUCUAUGAUGUCAGCAGAGAAUGAUCCACUGGGUCCGCUGCCUCCGGGCUGGGAGCGCCGUGUGGACGCCAACGACCGCGUUUAUUUCGUCAAUCACAACACAAAGACGACGCAGUGGGAAGAUCCACGAACACAAGGGCUGCAGAAUGAAGACCCUCUGCCGGAUGGCUGGGAGAUUCGCUACACACGAGAGGGCGUUCGCUACUUUGUGGAUCAUAACACGCGCACCACCACAUUCAGUGACCCUCGGACGGGCAAAUCUUCUGCCAUUAAAGGGCCACAGAUCGCGUACGAGCGAAGCUUCAGGUGGAAACUGGCUCACUUCCGCUAUCUGUGUCAGUCCAACGCUCUGUCCAGUCAUGUGAAGAUCAAUGUAUCCAGACAGACGCUGUUUGAAGAUUCUUUCCAGCAGAUCAUGAACUUUAAGCCGUAUGAUCUGAGGAGGAGACUGUACGUCAUCUUCAAAGGAGAGGAGGGACUGGACUACGGAGGCCUUGCACGUGAAUGGUUCUUCCUCCUCUCUCACGAGGUGUUAAACCCCAUGUACUGUCUGUUUGAGUACGCCGGCAAGAGCAACUACUGUCUGCAGAUCAACCCCGCGUCCACCAUCAACCCCGAUCACCUGUCAUACUUCUGCUUCAUCGGCCGCUUCAUCGCCAUGGCACUCUUCCAUGGGAAGUUCAUCGACACAGGGUUCUCGUUGCCCUUCUACAAGCGCAUGCUCAAUAAGAAACUGAUCCUGAAAGAUCUGGAGUCAAUCGAUCCAGAAUUCUACAAUUCUCUCAUCUGGAUCAAAGAUAAUAACAUCGAGGAGUGUGGUCUGGAGAUGUACUUCUCAGUCGAUAUGGAGAUCCUGGGCAAAAUCACGUCACAUGACCUGAAAGAAGAUGGUGCAAAUGUUCUGGUGACUGAAGAGAAUAAAGAGGAAUAUAUCGGGCUGAUGGCAGAAUGGAGAUUUUCUCGUGGUGUUGAGAAUCAAACCAAAGCGUUUCUGGAUGGCUUCAAUGAGGUCGUGCCACUGCAGUGGCUGCUAUACUUUGAUGAGAAAGAGCUAGAGGUGAUGUUGUGUGGAAUGCAGGAAGUGGAUCUUCAGGACUGGCAGAGGAACACAGUGUAUCGGCACUACACUCGUAACAGCAAACAGAUCAUCUGGUUCUGGCAGUUUGUGAAGGAGGUGGAUAAUGAGGUCCGUCUGCGUUUGAUGCAGUUUGUGACUGGCACCUGCAGACUUCCGCUUGGGGGCUUCGGUGAGCUCAUGGGAAGCAACGGACCGCAGAAGUUCUGCAUUGAGAAGGUUGGCAAAGAGACAUGGCUGCCCAGGAGUCACACAUGCUUUAACCGACUGGAUUUGCCUCCGUACAAAAGCUUCGAACAGCUGAAAGAAAAGCUGCUGUUCGCCAUCGAGGAGACGGAAGGAUUCGGUCAGGAGUGAAACGUCUCGCCGCUUUACGGCGUCCAGCCAAGUACAACAAACCGUGAAACUUGCACAAAUAAUUACCAAUGUAAAUAAGCUAUUUUGUCAUUUUAAACCAAAUCUUAAUCCAAGACCUCAUUAAGCGAUCUUUACGAUAACAUGAUUUCACAUGAAUAUGCAAGUGUUUCAGCUUCUCUGAUCUUUUAAGUGCUGAUAUCGUAAUAAAACACUUUUGUGCUCUGCGUUUGGCAGGUUUUUGAAAUGAGCCUGAAUAAAAACUAUUAGAGAGGAUUUUAUAGUAGAAUUCCAACAUACGGCUCUAGUUUUAUAGAGCUUUUACUGAAUGAUUGUAGAGCUUGAUCAGGUGCCUGGGGUUUAUUUACUUCUUGUGUUGAUGGACAUUAUGUUUGAUUAAGCGCUUGCAUGGCUGCAUACAGAGUGUGAACGAUCAUUUGACUCAGACAGACAGCUGUCUCACAUAUCAUUCAGCAGGUCAGGAUUGGCUCUAGACAGUAUUUGCUGUUUGUCACUUUCGAGUGUAAUUCAGUAUUUGGAAGGGCAGCAGCUGAAGUCCGUUGUGCUUUUAGCACUUCUUUCUGUGGCCUUUUGACCGCCAGUUCAACUGUGUCCACGACUGUCUUUCAUAUUAAAAUAAAUGAAUUUAAA